GUGAAGGAGCUGGUCCUGGAUAACUGCCGUUCAGAGGAUGGGAAGGUGGUUGGUCUGUCUUCAGACUUUGAGAACUUGGAGUUUCUCAGCAUGAUCAACAUCAACUUGCUGUCUGUCUCCAACCUCCCCAAACUCAACAAGCUCCGGAAGCUGGAGCUGAGUGAUAACAGGAUUUCUGGUGGCCUUGAAGUUCUAGCAGAGAAAACUCCCAACUUGACACACUUGAAUCUAAGUGGCAACAAGAUCAAAGACAUCAACACCCUGGAGCCCUUGAAAAAGUUGCCAAACCUCCACAGUCUGGACCUCUUCAACUGUGAGGUGACGAUGCUCAUCAACUACCGGGAGAGCGUGUUCGCCCUCCUGCCCCAGCUCACCUACCUGGAUGGGUUUGAUGCUGAGGAACAGGAAGCUCCUGACUCAGACCCUGAAGCAGAUGGAGAUGCACUGGAAGAUGAGUAUGAGAAUGGGGAAGAAGGUGAGGAAGAGGAUGAUGAUGAGGAGGAAGAUGAUUUGGAUGAAGAAGUCAUUGAUGAUGAAGAAGAUGAAGAUGAUGAUCUGGAAGGUGAAGAGGAGGAGGAUGGAGUAGAUGAUGAGGAGGAAGAUGAGGAGGAAGAUGGUGAGGAGGAUGAAGAAGAUGAAGCUGAUGAGGACCAUCCAUGUGGGGAAAAGAGAAAACGAAGUCUAGAGGAUGAAGGAGAGGAAGAUCCAGAAGAUGAAGAGGACGAUGAGGAUGACUGAUCUGAGCGAGCCAAUCAGUUUUACAGACUCUGACUGUGCUUGUCUUAACCUCCCCGUUGUGUCUAUGUGAGACUGUAAAUCCCUGUCUCCCACUCCUCUUCCUCCCCCUUUGUAUGGCUGCAGCGUCCACAAUAUAUUUUUUUAAGAUUUAGAAUACUGUAGGCAUUCAGGGGAAUCUUCCAUACAAGGCUCACUUUUCUCACAACUCUCUCAUGACCAAAGGCUUUUCUCCGUUCGGUGGUUUGUGCAGCAGUUUGCAAAAAAAAAAAAAAA